AUGAAACAUCCAUUCCAGCACAUAUUGCUUGAUAAAACAGGUGACUACUUUUUUGCAGCUGCAAUCAACUCUGUUUUUUUGUUCAAAAUAUCUACCGGUAGUGCAGAAGCUAAGCUAUUAGCAUCAUGGACAGAUGAAGUUGAUCCAUACUAUACCAUCAGAAAACACCAUAAAGAACUGCUAGAACAAUACGAGAAGCAACAAAGGGAGAAGAAAGAAGCGGAAGACGCUGCAAAAGCGGAAGAGGAGCCUGCUACUGUCGUUAAUGAAAAUAACAAGAGGGUUAUACCAGAAGAACAAAUACCGGCCUCUACAAAGCAGGUUAUGAAUAAGAAACCAAAAUUACCUUUACCAGGUCCAGGUGCACCCCCUACAUACACAUAUAUCAGAGAUAUGUGUUUGUCCCGUGACAACCAAUAUCUAAUUGUUACUACAGAUAAUGAUAAAGCUGUUGUUAUUUUCAAAAUUAAUUACAGCGAGACAGAGCCUUCCAAGGUUUUCGAACUAGUCAAGCGUCAGCCAAUCUCUAAACGUCCAUCUGCAGUGUGUACUUCUAUGGAUGACUCGAAAGUCAUCAUCGCAGAUAAAUUUGGUGAUGUUUAUUCGAUAUUCUUAAAAGACACAGAAGUUAUUGACGAUUCCAAAUUGGUUCCAAUAUUAGGUCAUGUAUCCAUGUUAACAUGUGUUCAAAAUGCAAUUGAUGAAAAUGGUAAAGAAGUAGUAAUGACUGCUGAUAGGGAUGAACAUAUUCGUAUUUCAUAUUUCCCCAAAUCAUAUGUCAUCAAAAAAAUUCUAUUUGGUCAUAAAGAAUUCAUUUCUUCGUUCAUAUUACCUGAAUGGUGUAACGGUAAAGUUCUUGUAAGUGCAGGUGGUGAUUCAUUUAUUGCUACUUGGUUAUGGCAAAGUGCUGAAGAAGGUAAAGAGCUGAAAUGUAAAUUUGAAGUUGAUGAUUUGGUCAAGGACAAAUUGAACGAUAAGCAUUUGGUACCAGAGAAAUUUCAAGAUGAUUCUGGCAAUUUGGUCGAAUACUGUAUUUCUAAGCUUGUCGCUUUGAAUAAAACAAAGCAAAUAGCUGUGAUUUUUGAGAGAAUUUCAUCGGUAUUCAUUUUUGAUCUUUCAGAAGAUGGUGAAUUAUCAUUUAAUAAAGAAUAUAAAGUGAGCUCAGAUAUCGUCACAAUCACAGCAGCGAAAGACCAGCUUAUCUGCAGUCUUGAUGAUAUGUCCCAAUGCUUAGAAAUAUUCGAUAUUAAUGAAGAUAAGAGUCUAACAGUCUCGAAGAAUGCGUCUAAAUUAAUUGAGUCUAUCAAUAAUGCAAAUGAUUCUGUCAUUGGUGAUAUUGAUGAAUUGAUCCCAUUGUUUAAUACAAACUAUAUGAGAAAGAGACGUCUACACUAG